AUGUCUUCAUCUCAUACCUCCAGGCGCAGCAUGAACAAUAACAAUCUAGAGCUGAAGCAUCACUACCAUGAUUCCAUCAAGCAAAGCGGAGAUGUCGAUGUCCAAGUCACCAAUCAUGACCCCGACCAAGAGGAUAUGCUUCGAAUGGGCAAGAAAUCAGAUCUCAAGAGAAUCUUCCGCCAAUCCUCCAUGAUAGCCUUCACCUGCAUCGUGCAGGCGACUUGGCAAGUAUUCUUGGUCGCGAACACCCAAGGACUCUUGAAUGGUGGACAUGCAGGCAUAUUCUGGUCCUACGUAUGGACGGCCCUUGGGAUGUCCUUGGUGGUUGCGUCGCUGGCAGAGAUGGCAUCCAUGGCUCCCACGAGCGGAGGACAAUAUCACUGGGUUUCCGAGUUCUCCCCGCCGCAGUAUCAGCGGUUCUUGAGCUACAUGGCUGGAUGGAUGUCGACCUUAUCCUGGCAAGCGACCGCCGCAGGAGCGACAUUCGUUGUUGGAACUCUCAUCCAGGGCGUAAUAGUGGCAUACAGGCCAAGUUUCACGCCCGCGGGUUGGCAAGGGACGCUCUUCGUGAUCGCCGUGACGGUGCUUGUUGGCAUAAUCAACAUCACGUUUGCGGGACAGCUUCCGCAGAUACAAAAGUUCAUGGCGGUCCUUUUCGGCCUGGGUUGGAUACCGAUCGUUGGGGUGCUCAUUGCUUUGGCACCACACCCAGACGCGGCUGUGGUCUUCACCCAGUUCUCAAGUACCGGAGGCUGGACACCACUCGGUUUGAGUGUUAUGGUGGGCCAGAUUAGUAGUGUAUACUGUCUUAUCUCUUUUGAUGCGGCCGCUCACAUGUCCGAAGAGGUUAAGAGAGCAUCGUUAUCUGUCCCGCGGGCUAUGAUGUGGAGUUAUACCGCAAACGCAUGCGUGGGUCUUGUAGUUGUUUUCGCCUACUUGUACAGCAUUCCAAGCAUCGAGGACGCUUUGGGCAGUCCGACUGGUUUCCCGUUUCUCUAUGUCUUUCAACAAGCCACCUACAACGGAACGAUUCCCCUUGUGACGAUGAUACUCAUCAUUGCAACCGCGGGAUGCACUGGUUGCAAUGCUUCGGCUUCUCGGCAGACGUUUGCCUUCGCUCGCGAUGACGGGCUUCCAUUUAGUAGGUGGUUGUCCAAGGUCCACCCAGGGUCUCAGAUUCCUCGAAAUUCAGUCAUACUUACCUGUGCCACUACCAUGCUUCUCUCACUCAUCAACAUCGGUUCAACGGUCGCCUUUAACGCUAUCAUAUCUUUACAGCUCAUUGCGCUCAUGUCAACAUACAGCACGUCCAUCGGCUGCGUGCUGUUCCAGCGAACCCGGGGUGGGAACAAUCUUCCGCCCGCUCAGUGGAGUCUCGGUGCCGCUGGCAAAUACAUCAAUGCCGUUGCCUUCGUCUACACUGUUUACUUGUUGUUCUGGAUUGCAUGGCCAGUUGCUCGUGAGGUCACCCCCCAGAGUUUCAACUGGGCACCUGUUCUCUUUGCGGGCGUCUUCGUUGUUUCGUUGGUGUUUUACUACAUCGAAGGACGUAGAGUCUACAAAGGGCCAGUCACUUUGAUCCAGGGAUAA